AUGCGUGUGCGAAUGCAUUUGCGUGAGAAUGGUAUGGGUGUUCCUUUCGUUCUCCUUUUGCCCUCUGUUGCUUCUGCUGCUGCUAUCGACCUCGUUGGCAGCGAGGAGGUCGGGACUGCGUCUGCUCCUAGUGGGAGGCGCCACAGCGGCAAGAGCAAGGGGGGCAAGGGUGGUGGAGGGGACGGCGGAGGCGGCGGUGGUGGCGGUGGAGGAGGCGGAAAGGGUGGGGGUGGAGGUGGGGGUGGUGGCGAGAGUUGGGGCGUCAGUGGCGGCGGUGGAGGUGGUGGAGGCAGCGGCAGCGGCAGUGAGGGUGGCGGCGGUGGUGGUGCUGGUAGGAGUGGAGCCGCGCAGCGUGGACGCUUUGGCGGUAGUCAGCGAAAGCAGCAGCCGCGUUCCCGUGAGGCCUCGUCACCCCAGCAUCUUCGUGAGUGGUACGCUAGGUGUGGGAGGUCUGGGGGUGCAGGUCCCUGCGCUUACGUUCUCUGCACCGGCGAGCGCCGUAGGGAGACGUGCGGGCUGCCACACACGACGCAGCGCUGUUUCGGUCGCCUGUCUAACACCUGGUGCGCACAGUUUCUUGACGCCGCUGAGCUCCCUCGCUGGGCUGAUCUGCUUAAGUCUGGUGUUGCUAUCUUUGAUCUGAAUUUUGAUGCUAUCCUUGCUGCCAUGUAUGCUGUGACAAGUAGUGCUGAGGCUGCUGCUCUAGGUGCUACUAAGUCUGUUGCUCCAGGUGCUUCCCGCUCCUUCUUUCGCGAGAGAACCACACUCACGCCGCUCAGUCGGCCAGUUGCAGUCUCCCUGGCGGACCCCUCUGGAGGCCCUGUCCUUGCGCACUCCUCUACGGUUUUGCCUGUACGGCGGUCCCGUCUGGCUCACUGUCGGGUCUUCACCUCCCCUUGUUCUCUACGAACUUG